GCAUGACACGAUAAUGAUCAGCUUCGAAGGCGACUUCACGUUACAUGUUGUUCAGACAGAGUGUGACCGGAAUGUACCCCAAUCGAUUCCCUUGCUUCGUUGAACCGGAGGCUGGCCCAAGCCCCUCCUAUUGACUGUCGAGGCUGCAAAGACAUCCAUCAGAUCAUUGAGCAGGUACGACUAGAUCACCGUAUGCAUGCAUUUCGACGCCGUUAUUCAUAGGGUGCCGCAGCUUGCUGCACACGCUAUUCAAAGCUUUCAGCGACGGGACGCCGUGCGUCGUGCGCCACAAAAUGUAGCGCGAAGAUCAUCGAGCGGGCAUCACGACAACCACAUCGACUGCGAUGCAGGUCUCAGAUCUACGGGCAGAUUCGCCGCAGAUUCGCUUUCCGUACGGUCUGCACCGAGUCAACACGCGUCCAACCGGUCACAUAGCCACGCCGACAGGCAGAACAUGCGACUCAUACGACUAACCUCAGCUAUGAUGCUACGAAUACCGCAGCAUGAGCUCCGUGAAAGCCCAUUCGCUAGCAGCCAUGCUGGGACUGGUGAGGUGCUCGACAAACAGCAAUAGCUGUACACGCAGCCUGAGCGAAGACGACACCAAAUUCGUGGCUACGAAGCAGCAGGCCAGCGAUUCAGAGAUUUGUGUCCGGUACCAUCGCGUGCUUGUAGCCUU